CAGGGGAGAACCGAAGUGAGCCUGAGCGCGUUCGCGUUCCUGUUCUCGGAGAUCGUGCAGUAUCAUCGCACUCGAGCGAGCAGCGUAGCGGAGCUGGAGAACAAGCUCUCGGAGGCGGGGCAGGGCGUGGGGUCGAGGAUGCUCGAGGUGCUCGCGUGCAGGGACAAGAGCAAUCGACGAGAGAACCGACUGCAAGGGAUCUUACAGUUCAUCAACACGAACGUGUGGAGGAGUCUGUUCGGGAAGAGCGCGGACUCGCUGGAGAUUUACAACGACGACGAGUACGUCAUCAGCGAUCGCGAUCUUCUCGUGAACCGGUUCAUAAGCGUCCCGAAGGACUUCGGGGAUCUGAACUGCGGCGCGUUCGUCGCGGGAAUAGUGAAAGGCGUCUUAGCAGACGCCGGGUUUGAAGCGGAGGUGAGCGCGUACUACGCCCCGGUCGAGGGCGAGGCGAGGCCGCGCACGAACAUCCUCAUGAAGUUCACGAGCGAAGUCUUAGAGCGAGAAGCGCGGCUCGGUUGA